ACAGAGCUACUGCAGACAUGCUGAGACUCAUCCUGCUGACUGUCCUCGCCAGCCUUGCGCUGGCCGAGCCGAGGUACCUGGAGGAAGGGAACGAGUGGGUGGUGGGGGGAGAGGUGGCCCCACCCAACUCCUGGCCCUGGCAGAUUUCUCUUCAGUACCUUUCUGGAAGUAGCUACCGCCACACUUGCGGAGGCUCUCUGAUCCAGAGGGGAUGGGUGAUGACUGCUGCUCACUGUGUGGACAGUUCCAGGACGUGGAGAGUUGUUCUGGGAGAGCACGACCUGAACAGCAACUCUGGCAGGGAACAGAUCAUCUCCGUUAGCCGCGUCUACAUCCACUCCGGAUGGGACGCCAGCGCUCUUUCGAACGGGAACGACAUUGCCCUGCUGCGUCUCUCCUCUGAUGCCACUCUGAACUCCUACGUGCAGUUGGCAACACUGCCCCCCUCUGGCCAGGUUCUGCCCCAUAACAAUCUCUGCUACAUCACCGGAUGGGGACGCACCGUUACUGGUGGCAACAUUUCCCCUCAGCUGAAGCAGGCCUACCUGCCCGUGGUCAGCCAUGACGUCUGCUCCAGCAAUGGCUGGUGGGGCAGCUAUGUGAGGAACACCAUGGUCUGUGCAGGAGGCUAUGACGAGGCUGGAUGCCAGGGAGAUUCUGGCGGCCCUCUGAACUGCAAUGUGGGCGGCAAGUACGUGGUGCACGGUGUUACCAGCUUCGUGUCCUCCCAAGGCUGCGACACCUUCCAGAAGCCCACUGUCUUCACCCGCGUCUCCGCUUUCAUCGGCUGGAUCGAGUCGACCAUGGGGAUCUAAAUCAGACGUGAUUCCUUCAUCAGUGCAUCUACCUUCUGACAUGGAUUGAACAAAAAAUAAAAAAGUGUUUUUGGACAUGUGA